CACAGGGUGUGUGUGUGUCUGAGGGCGCUGCUGGGGGCUGGUUAUGUCUCUUUCCUCUCAGUGUGCAGUUGGUAGCUUUGAGCCGAACACGGUCACCCAGGUCUCUGGGUUUUCUCCUCUAAGCCAGCUGGUCUGGCUUUAUACCUUCUUCUAGUCCUCUUUUGCUCCUUUGUUCCAUUUCAUCCCUUCUUUUCUGAGCUAAAGGAUAGAGUGAUCUGACCCACAGCUGGAGCUGUAGGGAACCUUCCUGGGGAAGAUAAUACAAGCAGCACUGGUGCUCUGUAAACCAAUGGACCUGAGGCCCUUAGAGACCACCCUGAUGAAACACUCAGACACAGACUGACUGACACAGAUGAGAGACAGAUUGAGAUAAAGCCAGAAGGAAAGAGCGAGAACCGAAACCUGAAACACAUGCAGGAGGAUCUGGGGCUGAAGCUUUGACAGAACAGAAGGAAGUGCAAGUAAUUGACUGGAGCGAAUGCCAGAGGAAUUGAGAGGAGGCAAAUAAAGAGAACACUGCUGUGAGGAUUGAGACAAGAGAAGAAGAACAGGACUUUUGGGGAUAGGAGAGAAAGAGAAGGAGCGAAGAUGGGGAGGAAAAAGAUCCAGAUAGCACGGAUUAUGGAUGAACGCAACAGACAGGUGACGUUCACCAAGCGGAAGUUUGGCCUGAUGAAGAAGGCGUACGAGCUGAGCGUGCUGUGCGACUGUGAGAUCGCCCUCAUCAUCUUCAACAGCACCAACAAGCUGUUCCAGUACGCCAGCACCGACAUGGAUAAGGUCCUGCUCAAGUACACUGAGUACAACGAACCUCACGAGAGCAGGACCAACUCUGACAUUGUGGAGACUCUGCGAAAGAAGGGUCUAAAUGGCUUUGACAGUCCCGACAUCGAGGCAGACGACUCUGCUGGUCAGAGCCCCGAGUCAGAGGACAAAUACCGCAAGAUCAACGACGACAUCGACCUCAUGAUCAGCAGACAGAGACUCUGUGCUCUCCCCCCCUCUAACUACGACAUGGUUGGCUCCAUCCAGGGCCAAAAUAACAGCGGACUCCUCUACUCUCAACCUGGGGCGGGGGGUUCCUUAGGAAACCACAAUCUGCUGCCCCUCUCGCACACACACCCUGGGCUGCAGAGGAACAGCAUGUCGCCUGGACCCCAACACACACACCGACCCCCCAGCGCUGGAAACGCAGGAGGGAUGAUGGUCUCAGAGCUGUCUAACACGGUCUCUAACACUGGUAAUGGUAGCUAUGGUAACCACCGUCACUCUCCGGGGCUGCUGUCUCCGGGAUGUGUGGCCAAAGGCAUGCAGGCCAAGACUCCGCCCCUGAUGACCUCCAUGACCCUGAGUGGUAACCGCAAGCCAGACCUCCGCACUCUGCUGCCCCCUGGCAACAAAAACAACAUGCCCUCCGUCAACCAGAGAAUAAACCACUCCCAGUCUGCCCAGUCUUUGGCUACUCCUGUGGUCUCAAUAGCAACACCUACUCUGCCCGGGCAGGGUAUGGGAGGGUACCCCUCUGCCCUCUCCACCUCUUAUGGCACUGAGUACUCUCUGGGUGACCUGAGCUCUCUGUCAGGCUUCGGAGGGAACGGCUCUGGAUCACUUCACCUGGGAUCAGUAACAGGCUGGCAGCAACAACAGCUACAGAACAUGCAGCAGUCAGCACUAGGACACAUGGGAAACCUUUGUCAGAACUCCAACCUCAACCUCCAGAAUGUCCAUCAGAACCUUCACAUCAAGUCAGAGCCCGCCUCCCCGCCCAGAGAUCGAGGCAUCGGAUUUGUCAGCGGAGGGAUGGGGGCCGUGUCCCAGGGCUACCUAACAAAUCAGGGCCCAGCCGAGGCAGGGCGGUCUCCUGGCGACAGCCUAUCCAGCUGUGGGAGCUCAUACGACAGCAGCGACCGCGAGGAUCACCGCGGAAAUGACAACUUCCUGCUGCGCCCGAUGUCCAAUCAGGAGGAACGCCACAGCCCGUCUGUCAAACGCAUGCGCCUAUCAGAAGGCUGGGCUACAUGAUAAGGCCCGCCCUGAUUCACAGAGGGGAGGGGCUUGUGUAGAGUUACCUUUAGUGUUAUUAUGACUAUUAUUAAUCCUGUGUCCAAAAUGGCACCCUAUUCCCUACAUAGUGCUCUUGCCAAACGUAGUGCACUUUAUAGAGAAUAGGGUGUGAUUUCAGAUUUGGCCUAUAUUCUUCUUGUGCAGAGUGAGAGUGUUACACUAUAACAGGGACAUUAUAUUACAGGAGUGUGGGGGGGGGGGGUUAUAACAGAGAUAUAAACUGUGUCUCAAAUGGCACUCUAUUGCCCAUGUAGUGCACUACCUUUGGCCAAAAGUAGUGCACUGCAUGGGACAUAGGGAGUUACUUGUGGCAGCAGUGACAUGCAGGAGUGAGGGUUGAUAUGGAGUGAGGGAGUCCGUGUGGGAGGGUGGGCGUUGCAAUUGCUUGUGUUGUGUGUUUGUGAGGGGAGGGGAGGGAAUACGUCAAUGAAUAUGUACACUAUGUAAACUAGCUAAGAUAAAGGUUGAAGAUGUCUGGUACUCUGUAUGGCCAAGCUACUGGUGAGUUCAGUAAUAUACUAGGAGACACAAGGACAGGCACUGAGGAGUGGACACGUCAUGGUGGAUUUGUGUGUGUGUGUGUGGAUGAGUGUCUACGUGUGUGAGUGUUUGCACACUGGUGUGUGUGUGUACUCUGUACUACCUAGGCCCAGUCUGCAGCUGGCUGACUAGCAGACAGAUAGUGUGAGUGUUCACUACAACUCGUGCAUGUUGCAGGUUCAACGUAUUCAUGUAUAUAACGAGGGAGGGUAGGCAGAGAGAGAAAGAGAACGGGACAGAGUGACAGAGGCAGGAAGAAAGAGAGAGAUGGAGGGGGGGAGACGGAUGGAAGUGAAAGAGAAAGACAGAAAAGAAGAGAGCGAUAGAGGGAGAAAGAGACAGCGAGAGGAGAGUGAUAGGGGGAGAGAAGAAGAGAGACAGGGAGGAAGCCAUUAUGCAACAGGUUGCACAGAGCUGGAAAAAUAGAAUAAGAAGUCAUUCUAAUAUUCAAAUUCUACGGCUGGAACCCUGGACAACUAGAAUAUCUCACUUGAAGUGAAGAAGCUUAGGAAUCGUAGUUCAAUUCAGUCAAAAUACUUUCUAAGAGCCAUAUGCUAACAAAUAUAAUCUGGGUCGUAUACAGUACGGUGUUACUCAUCCAGAUAUACAAUACAGUUUGCAUUAUAUAAGAAAUGCUUUGUUUAGUCAAUUGAGAUUGAGCCAGUGUGUGUGUGCACGUGGGUGUACGUAUGUGUGUGUGUGUGUGUGUGUGAGAGAGAGAGAGUGUGUGUGAGAUAGCCUUGCCUGUUUUAGCAGCCAGCGAGGCAAAGCCACGGGGAGGAAGGGGGUGUGAGUUUUGACAGACAGAACUCCUAAAGCCAUAUUAUAAGAUGGGAAGUCGAUGCUUAGCUGCACAUACCAGUGGUUUCCUCUUUAUAGUCUCCUGUUUUUUGGAAAAAGUAUAUUCCUACCUAAUUCUAUAAAAUAAUUGUACGAAUAUUUUUUAAAACGUCUGUGACAUUAAGGAUGCCUAUAGUUCUAUUUAAAAUAAUGACAACAUUGUUCAAAUCUAGAUCAAACCUUGUUUUUCUUCUCAGUGGGGGUUAUUAUGUAGCUGUGUGCAGGUGGACACGUUUCCUAUCCAUCUCGAACAUUCAGGGACAUUUUUUAGUUAAAGCUUCUCAACCUGCCAAUGAUGUUAUGUUAGCCUGAUAACACAUUUUUUAGGAAGGGUUGCCUCGACACCCAGAUCAAGCCUACCCCUGGACUAAAAAUGCUUGCUAAAUGGAGAAUCUCCAUUGAAGGCGUGUGUUAAUCCGGGAAUAGGCCUCGAUCGGGGUCUGGGAGCUCUAAUCUAAAGCUGCAGAGUCAGUGUAUAGACAGAGAAAUGGCUGAACGGCUGCCUCUCCUCCCGUCAGACAGUUUUAUAUGUCAGAUAUUAUUACUGAAAACACAUAGGAAACCCACCUAGAAGCAUAACUUCUGACUUUGAAAGUCACAUUUGUUCCAUUUUGCCAGGUUGCAAUACAAUACAAUACUGACUGAUGUCAGUAGACAACAAGAGGGCAGAGCCCCACAAUGGGUUAUAGACUAACCAACAGCCUGAUGCUAUCCCAUUCACCUAACUCAUCAGAGCUACUGUUUUCAUUUUAUUUUAUUUGUCUUCGAUAUUAGAAUUAUUUGUCUGUACUGCUCAAAUCUGUAAUUUACCUGUACCUCAAAUGUACCCCACACAUUCUCACAGCAUGUUGGUUUGAGUGGGAUUCUGAGAAUGUUGUAUAAUUUUCUUAAAUUAAUAAUAGGUCUACUCCAUGCAAAACCCACUUUAACUAUAGAAUGUUAUUGCUUUGUGAAAUAAUUGGGACUUUACAUCUCAAUAAUGUCAUUCUAUAUCUAAGUUAGGGUCCCUGGAUGAUUUGGCUUUAAGGCUCUAUGUUGGAUUCUGUUCUUUAAAUGAACUUUAUACAACUGCUAACCGCAUGGCCUUGGGUAGUGCACUUAGAGAGUGUGUGUCGUUAGGCCUCCUAAUCCAGACAUGGACGUCUUUCUGAGGUGAAUGUUUGGGCGCUACAAGGCUCCAAGCGGCAGAAGCAGGCCUUUGUCGCCACUUGAAGACAACAUGUUUCUCACUAAAGGAAGGGAGCUAACGUCUCUACUGCUUAGCCGAUGGAAAUAAACAUGUGCUUUCCCGCACAGGCAAUGAAUUAAAUGGUAUUGGUAUUCUGCAGACAAACUCAGUAAAUAUACAGGCUCUUUACUUUUAAA